AUGCCGCGAGGACUAAGUAAUCUAGAAGUCAUUUCAGAGAUGGCUUUGAUAUAUGGGCUGUUGGUUGGAAUUGUUCUCCGAUACGGGAUCCACGUUCCAGCAGAUGUCAGUAACGUGACCCUGAGCUGUGAGCUGGAAGACAGCCCUUCUACAUUAUUAAUUAAUGUCAGUGGGAGGUUUUAUGAAUACACACUGAAAAGUGAAAUCAACCCCAAAGACAUAAAUAACGUGGAAAAUAAUGAGAUGCUGCAAAAGGUGACUUUUGACCCUGAGGUGUUCUUUAACAUUUUGCUCCCACCCAUUAUAUUCUACGCUGGUUACAGUCUCAAACGGCGACAUUUCUUCCGAAACUUGGGUUCCAUUUUGGCAUAUGCUUUCAUUGGGACUGCCAUCUCCUGCACUGUCAUUGGGCUGAUUAUGUAUGGCUGUGUCAAGCUGAUGGCUCUGAUUGGUCAACUGAACAGGGACUUUUAUUUCACCGAUUGCCUGUUAUUUGGGGCUUUUAUUUCUGCGACUGACCCAGUGACUGUGCUCACAAUAUUUAACGAGCUACAGGCUGAUGUGGAUCUGUACGCCCUGCUGUUUGGGGAAAGUGUUCUCAAUGAUGCUGUCGCCAUUGUCCUAUCUUCAUCAAUUGUGGCCUAUCAGCCUGAAGGAGUUAAUGCUCACAACUUUGACGUGGCUGCCAUGUUCAAGUCAUUUGGAUUAUUUCUUGGAAUAUUCAGUGGAUCAUUUGCUCUGGGAUCAGCCACGGGUGUGGUUACUGCUCUGGUUACAAAAUUCACCAGACUUCGAGAUUUUCCAUUGCUGGAGACUGCCCUUUUCUUCCUGAUGUCAUGGAGUACAUUCCUAUUGGCUGAAGCGUGUGGUUUCACAGGUGUGGUGGCUGUCCUGUUCUGUGGGAUCACUCAAGCUCACUACACUUACAAUAAUCUCUCACCAGAAUCGAAGCUGCGCACCAAACAGUUGUUUGAGCUCCUCAAUUUCUUAGCAGAGAAUUUCAUCUUUUCCUACAUGGGGUUGGCACUGUUUACCUUCGAGAGCCAUGUCUUCAAUCCCAUCUUCAUCAUUACAGCCUUUCUCGCUGUAUUCCUCGGCAGAGCUGCUAACAUUUAUCCACUCUCCUUUCUCCUGAAUCUUGGCCGAAGGAAUAAGAUUGGGUCCAAUCUGCAGCACAUGAUGAUGUUUGCUGGUUUGAGGGGGGCAAUGGCAUUUGCAUUGGCCAUUCGAGACACUGCAACCUAUGCACGUCAAAUGAUGUUCACUACCACCCUUCUCAUUGUCUUCUUCACUGUCUGGGUCUUCGGUGGAGGAACAACGCCAAUGUUAUCUUGGCUUCAAAUCAGGGUGGGUGUCAAUCCUGAACAAGAACAAUCUGCAAAUGUUGACCAUUUCCAGCAGGAUGGUCCAGACGGGGAGAGAAGGAACACUAAAGCUGAAAGUGCCUGGCUGUUCCGGCUGUGGUACACAUUUGAUCACCAUUAUUUGAAGCCGAUAUUAACACACAGUGGGCCCCCCCUCACCAGCACUUUACCCAGCUGCUGUGCUCCAGUUGCCAGGAUCCUGACCAGCCCGCUGGCCUAUGAGAACCAGGAGCAGCUGAAGGAUGAUGAUUCUGAGCUGAUUCUAAAUGAUGGUGAUAUCAGCUUAUCAUUUGGAGACUCUACCCUGGUCACGACUGACUCCAGCUACAGCAAUGGUUCUGAUCGCAGGAACCUCACUCAGAGUCUGGAAGAUGCCCAGGAGCAGGAUCAGGCCUGUGGUGGGCAUGAGCUGGUCGUCCCAGUGAGAGACACUGAACCCAUCCUGAACCUAAAGCUUACUGAGAACUCAGGGCCUCAGCUGCUGUAAGCUGCCAAUCAGUGUUUCAUCGACCCUGAGUACAACUUCUCCCUUGGCCAAUACCAUCUGCUCAGCCGAGAUCGCACAUGCACUCCAAAUAUUCUUCAGAUUUUUAAGGGCUGCUAUUUAAUCUAUUUUGGGUUAUGGUGAAUGAUUGAACAUUGCUCACAAGCAGAGAUGAUUUGUCAUAGUUAUUGAUGUGAAUCGGUUAUAUUUAAGACAAAUUCGGCGUCCAUUCAGUUCCUUAUUAAAUAAUCUGUUUUAUCACACCUAAUAUUAACAUGAAGUCAAGUGAUCAAGGGCUUUGUUCACUUACUGCUUGACUUUGAUGACUUUGAACUAGGUUGAAAUUUGUGGCACAUUUCAGUAGGACUUAUUUUGUUGAUAUUUGUGAAUCCUCUGAUAGCUCAUUCUAUCCCCUCUAUUAAAGCAGGAUCAUCCUGGAGAGCCCAUCA